CGCCACUCUAAGAAGCGUGCGAUCUGCUCUCAUCUACACUGGCUCCUUCCUCAAAUUCCUUCCUCCUCACCAACAACCCCACGCUCGUUUUUCCUCGUUGGCCCCACGCUCUUUCAACUCCACCACGCUCUCUCCGCAGCACUCCGCUCCUUGCACGCUUUCGAUAAGUUUCGCCAGCAUGAACACUGUUCGCGCGCUCGCCCUUGCCGCAGUCGCUACUGGCGCUGCUGCCGAAGCCAUGCACAACGGCAUUCCUCAGGAUAAAGUCAUCGAGAUACUACCCAGGGUCGCUCGCGAUGACACCUGUGCCGAGCUUCCAAAGCUUUGCACCGGGCCGGCCAUGAUGUACGGCUACGCUACAACUGUCGUUUACCUCUGCCCCGAGACUACUACCACCCGCGAGCCCUCCACGGUGCAUGUCACCAUCACGAAGACCACGACGGUGACGCCGCUGCCCGAAGUCGAGCCCACCGAUGGUCCUUCUCGCAGUUCUGUUGUGGUUGCUCCUGCUCCCGUUUCGACUGAGGAGCCGGACACGACGGCUACGAUCCACUCCACGUUGACUAAGUACAAGACCAUCACUCUUGUCGUCAACUCAGGUGAUCCUUUGGAUGCGACUACCCCUCCUGCCGCCGUUUCCAUCACCGGCUACCUCUCAGCGACCAUACCAACGGAGCUGUCGUCUGCCACUCAUCCUCUCCCCACUGAGACUGAGGAGCCUGUCUACACCAUCCAGACCUCCACGAACCCAGCUGUGACAUCGACUUCUGGCUACAACUUCCCCACCAUGGCGCCGCCUGUCAUCAACGGCACCACUACCGGUAUUUUCUACUCUGCUCCCUUCGCCAACUCCUCGCUGGUUCAGCCUACUCCGUUCUUUCCCAAUACAACCUCAGCUCACUCACACUACGCUCUCCCUACCCUGAGCGUCGUGAACAGGGCUCCUGAGGCUAAGGAGACUACCAACGGCGCUGCAGGAAAACUCGGUGCUUCUAUCGCUGCACUCGCCUUCGGCAUGGUGGUAGUGGUCUUUGCCGCUUAAGCGCUUCUUAAGUGCCUCUGUAUGGAUGCGUAUGCAAAAGCACUGUUACGCUUACGACUAUACCAUUUUGGGCGUCAUCUGGGGGACUGAGAUACGAUAGGAUAUGUGGCAUCUUCCUUACGGAUGUAAGUUGCGAUCUGGGAUGUACAAUACUACGAUGAUGGUAACUGGUGUUCAUUCAUCUUCA